AGGCCGGUCGCGACCGCGAAUUAUCCACAGUCGCGCGCCGGCGGCCGACGAAGGAGGAUCAGUAGUGGAUUACGAGGAGAUAAGUGCGUGCGAGUGCGCGAGUGCGGACCGCACCGGAAUUCGGGGGAACUGAAGGUUAGAUAAAUGGUGAAAGCCUGGCGUAAACUAUGUACAAUCUGAACGUGAACGUGAAUCCCAGCCCGACCGGGGCUGCGGGUCUUCUCGGUGUCACGACGGCUGCCGCCGAGGUCACGCCAAGGACACCGGAAAUCGUAAACUCGCUGAUCGCCAUGACCAAUCCCUUCGAGGGCUACGGCAGCGGUAACGAGAAGGGCACCCGGGAUCGUACGGACUCGACUAGUAGCGGCGAGCCGAGCCCACCCAGCGUCCAGCACACCUGUAGUCAGCUCAUCAAGGAAGGGCUGAAGCUGACGCUGCAGACGAAGAGGCGGGCGACUGUCAGCGGCGAUGACGGCAAGAAGAAGACGAAGAAAGAAGACGGCAGCGGCGCCGACGACGAGGAGGAGGAUGAAAUCAGUAACAACAACAACAGAAGUGGCCUGACACCGGAGGACGAGGAGCGACGACGACGACGACGCGAGCGCAACAAGAUUGCGGCGACCAAGUGUCGGCUGAAGAAGCGGGAGAAAACGGUGAUCCUCGUGCAGGAGUCGGAGAUCCUCGAGACGCAGAACCACGAUCUGAAGUCCCAGAUCCAAGAACUGGAGACUCAGAGGCGCAGGCUGGUCGACAUGCUGAGCCUUCACAGUCCGACCUGUCUGAAGCAGGGCCUGGACACAACGUCUUACCAACAGUACGCCGAGCCUCUUCAGCUGCCCAGCUAUCAGGACAACUUCGUGCAACAGCAGCAACCACCACCGGCCCUGAAUCAGCCGCAGAACUGCGUGAGCGAGUAUCCGGUGAAGGUCGAGGAAUACGAGACCGAUUUCUAUCGGCAGGGUAGCCCCUUCGUGCCGACGACGUCGGACGCAGGUUGCACGGUUUAGCGAAAUGGCGAAUAUCGUUUUUCUUCGCCGUUUCCUUUUAAAGGAGAGAGAAUCGUUGAGAAGCUCGGAAAGUGUACAUAAUCCUUUUUUUUUAUUGGAUUUGAGAGUACGAAAAAAAAGCUGGUAUUAUGUAGUUUGGUUUUCUCAUCAAUAUUAAUUGGCUCUAACUGUGCCUAAAUUUGAACAUUUGAAGAGAUGUCUGAGAGAUU